GCCUAUCUUUAUUACGGAACCGCUCUCUUAGAGUUGGCCCGACUUGAAGACGGACUCUUCGAUGGUGUCGUUCACACCAAAUUGGCCGAUGUGUCCGAGACUGAAGACGAAGAAGAAGCCGAUGACGAGGAAGGAGAGGGAGAAGAAGAAGGAGAAGGAGAACCAGAGGAUGAAUCACAAGAUUCUCAAACCAAAACCGAAGACAAGAAAACGGAUACCGAAGAGGAUAUCGAAGAUUCGGACGAAGAGAAGAGAAAACUGAGAGAAAAAUUAGAAAAUGAAGCGUCGGUUGUGAUGAAGUCGAGUGCGAGCGCCGACACGGAAGCGCCCGAAUGUGUUGCCUCUACUUCUAAGGGCGAGACCAGUGCUGCAGACAAGGGAGAGGACACCGAAGACGAUGCCUCCAAUAUAGAGGUCUCGUGGGAAGUGCUGUCUUUGGCAAAGGCUGUGUUCUUGAGAUAUAUCGAUAAGAAUGACAAUAAACUGAAAUUAUCGGAAACAUUGCAAAAGUUGGGAGAAAUCAGU